CCCAGCUCUCCACGUAUCUCGGUACCUACCUAGGUAGGUACCGGGCUUGCUUAGGGAAGUGGUCUAGCUCGAAGUCGGAGGCGCCUAUGACUCUUCCUCCCACCAAAAAAAUUCAACCAGCUCCCGAGACGGCGACCAACACGCACACCCAGAUAUCGAGGUAGAUCAGAAUUCAGAUACACAUCUCGACACUGACCAUGGCAGCUCUCUUUGCCCGUAGUGCCGCCCGCGCCACCACGCUAGCCCCACGCCUCGCGCUCCCCAAGAUGGCUGCGUCGCCGGUGAUCACGAUGAAGUGGUCGGUGGUGCCGGUGGCGGCGACCGUGCGAACGGCGCAGCAGCCCCUCUCGCGACGCCUCCUGGCGACCUCGGCGCUGCCGGAGCAGCCGCGCCUGCGGCUGGGCAGCGAGGCGCCGAACUUCCAGGCCAAGACGACGCAGGGCGACAUCGACUUCCACACGUGGCUGGACAAGUCGUGGGCGAUCCUGUUCUCGCACCCGGCGGACUUCACGCCGGUGUGCACGACGGAGCUGGGCGCGUUCGCGCGGCUGGCGCCCGAGUUCGCGCGGCGCGGCGUCAAGAUGAUCGGGCUGAGCGCGGACGACGUGGGCUCGCACGAGCGGUGGGUCGGCGACAUCGACGAGGUGGCCGGCGCGCGCGUGAGCUUCCCCAUCAUCGCCGACGCCGACCGCCGCGUCGCCUACCUCUACGACAUGGUCGACGCCCAGGGCGUCGCCAACGCCGACGCCGGCCGCGGCCCCGCCCCCACCAUCCGCUCCGUCUUCGUCAUCGACCCCGCCCGCAAGAUCCGCCUCACCAUGGCCUACCCCGCCAGCACCGGCCGCAACGCCGCCGAGGUCCUCCGCGUCGUCGACUCCCUCCAGACCGUCGACCGCAGCGGCGUCGCCACCCCCAUCAACUGGACCCCCGGCGACGACGUCAUCGUGCCCCCCAGCGUCUCCACCGAGGACGCCAGGAAGAAGUUCAAGGACGUCCGCGAGGUCAAGCCCUACCUGCGCUUCGCCAAGGUCUGACGAGGCGCGUCUCUCCCGCUGCCGUCCUACGGGAAGGAGGAGCACGAGUGGGCCUAAGCUCGGUUGCUAGUUCGGAUUGGAAUGGCAACACACCCUACUCCGCAGCCUUUGUUUCUGCGUCUGCGCUUACAUGCUAUGGGAGGAAGUCCGAAGAUAUACGCACUCGGACGAAAAUAAUAGGACAAUAGAAAAAAGAAAACUUGACAUGUAGCAGCGGGACCAUAAACCCAGACCCGCUGGGGAUAGGUUUCUAGACAGGUCUCGGCAUCACUCGCUGUGCACUUGUAUGGCUAGUUCGAUGAUGUUAUUAUAUAGACUAGAAGGGUGGACAGAUCCCGUCCGAGGAUAA